AAUCAGGAGGUUGUGACCAAGCUUUCUUUCCAUGGGUAGAAGGGAAAUGGGGUAGUAAGUUAGUCUUUGUCAUCCUGAGUCUGACUUGUGUAUUGAACUAGGACGUUAUUGAGACAUUCAGUGAGGUAGGCUACAUAUAGCCUAUGUAAGCAACGCUCCUGUUAGAAGAAGUAGACUUGGACCCAAAGAGACCGUAGUGAGAGAGGAACCUUUGGGAGAUGAAGGAAGAGAAGCCCAAUGAACAUUCCAACCUGAACGAACCUCCUCAGGAGAAUGGGGUCAUCCAGAGCACCCAGGGCCUGUACAGCUCCACCUCCCCUCCGGCCUCAGACGAUGAGCCCUUCUCCACAUACUUUGAGGAGAAGGUGCCCAUUCCAGAGGAUGUCACCCAGAUGUUCAGUUUCCGUAAACUCUGGGCCUUUACAGGACCAGGUUUCCUGAUGAGCAUCGCCUAUCUUGACCCAGGGAACAUCGAGUCCGACCUGCAGUCUGGAGCUAAAGCUGGCUUUAAGCUCCUGUGGGUGUUGUUGGGGGCCACCAUCAUCGGCCUCCUCCUGCAGAGACUGGCUGCACGCCUGGGGGUCGUCACAGGGAUGCACCUCGCAGAGGUCUGCAACCGCCAGUACCCCACUGUUCCUCGUAUUAUCCUGUGGCUGAUGGUGGAGCUGGCCAUCAUCGGCUCAGACAUGCAGGAGGUCAUCGGCUGUGCCAUCGCCUUUAACCUCCUCUCUAUGGGCAGGAUUCCACUUUGGGGAGGUGUCCUCAUCACCAUCAUUGACACCUUUGUGUUCCUUUUUCUAGAUAAAUAUGGCUUGAGGAAACUUGAAGCCUUCUUUGGGCUUCUCAUCACCAUCAUGGCUGUAAGCUUUGGGUAUGAGUAUGUGAUGGUGCGUCCGGACCAGGGGGAGCUGCUGAAGGGGAUGUUUCUGCCGUACUGUGAGAACUGUGAUUCUGCCCAGAUGGAGCAGGCUGUGGGCAUCGUAGGAGCAGUCAUCAUGCCCCAUAACAUCUACCUGCACUCUGCCCUCGUCAAGUCUCGGCAAAUAGAUCGUGGGAACAAGAAGGAGGUGAAGGAGGCCAACAAAUACUACUUCAUCGAGUCAACUAUCGCUCUCUUCAUCUCCUUCCUCAUCAACGUCUUUGUUGUAGCAGUGUUUGCUGAGGCCUUCUACGACAAAACCAACAUUGAGGUGAAUGCAAAAUGCAAUGCAUCAGGCAGUCCUCACACAGACCUCUUCCCUCUGGACAACAGCACGCUACAGGUGGACAUCUUCAAAGGGGGGGUGGUGCUGGGUUGUUUCUUUGGCCCUGCGGCCCUCUACAUCUGGGCCAUCGGGAUCCUGGCUGCAGGACAGAGCUCCACCAUGACAGGCACUUACUCUGGCCAGUUUGUCAUGGAGGGUUUCCUGAACCUGCGUUGGUCCCGUUUUGCCCGGGUGCUUCUCACCCGCUCCAUCGCCAUUUUCCCCACCCUGCUGGUGGCCAUCUUUCAGGACGUGCAGCACCUAACGGGCAUGAAUGACUUCCUCAACGUAUUGCAGAGCAUGCAGCUGCCGUUUGCUCUGAUCCCCAUCCUGACCUUCACCAGUCUGACAUCCAUCAUGGAUGACUUUGCUAAUGGACUGGUGUGGAAGAUUGGCGGAGGGGUGGUCAUCCUGGUGGUCUGUGCCAUAAACAUGUACUUUGUGGUGGUCUACGUGACCAGCCUGAACAGUGUGGCGCUCUACGUGCUGGUGGCCUUGCUCUGCAUAGCCUACCUAAGCUUUGUGUGCUACCUGACGUGGCAGUGUCUGAUAGCCCUCGGGGUCUCCUGUCUGGACGUGUCCUGUCUGGGCAGCAGGGUAAGCAACAACAGACACGCUGUGUUCAUUGAGGAACAGCCAGCGUAUGACACCUAAAACGGAACAGGACAGUGUUUAAUGGACAAGACAGACCAAGAUGAACGUUGGCUGUGCACUGCAGAUCCCCUGCUAGGUGUCGACAAACGUUGGAGAUGUAGAAUCGUUGGGAAAUGAACAGAAAAUGAUAUCCGAACAGAAAAUGAUGUCCGAACAGAAAAUGACGCACUCGCUGCACAUAAAAUCUUCUUGUUGGUCUGUCUUGUCCUUCAGGUUUUGAGAGAGAGAGAGAGACUUAAACCUUUUUAUAGAGAGAUUUUAAGACAUAUCCCGAUAUCUCUAAUCAUGAGAUCAACACUUCAGAGAACAUUUCCCCCCCCCCCACUAUUCUAAUUGUUUUCUCGUGUUCAGUUCUGUUGAGCUACUGGUAUGUGGGGUUUAUUAUGUAAAACCCAAUUACAACAAAUGACCUCCUUCCUGUUCAGAGGCCCCCCUGUUCCUUUUUAGAGUCCUCAGGGUUCAGCUAUAGUUUAUCCUAUCUCCUGUAUUUUCAUGCUCAAGCAGAGCGGGUGUGACAUUCUUAUGCUUUUCGAUUAGAAAAUUAAGUUUGAAUUCUAUUUCUCUUAAAUGAUUGCAGUCCUAUUCCAGGUUAAGAUGUGACAAGUUCUGAUCUGGCAAAAUGGCAAUUCUUAACCUGCUGACAUAAUAAGCUGAAGUCUACAGUAUUUGGCAGCUGCUAUCGGUCUGUUUGGUAAUUAACUUUUUUCCGUUAUUGUACCUCUAUGUGAAGACACCAUUUAUGAUUAUUUGGUCAAAUGUAGAACUUGAGUAGAUCUCUCCUUGCUGUAUUAUUGAAUUCAUUUUAGAUUUUUGUUCAUUAUAAUUACAGUUCUCACCUUUCAGCAAAAGAAACCAUGGGAAGAGAACACCUUUAGUUUGGGUUGAGCAUAAUUUCAAAAACUACCUUUUUAGUCAGUAUUUUCAACACCUGUCUCUACAUUCAAACUGAUCUUUUCAGAGUGCAUGUGUUUUGACUUCAAAACUGUUAAUAUUAUAAUCUGUUUGUUAAUUGGGGUUGUUCCCCACUAGAAGUGAGAAUUUUGGACAACAAACUUUUUAAGUGCAAUAUCCUUGUUAUGGCGAGUAAUAUCUUUUAAUUGAGAGUUUUGCCAAUUGUCUAACACUGGUAGACUUUUUGUAAUGUGGUACUAAUAACAUGCCCCUUGCUACCUUCACUUUACUAAAUUACAUAUGUUAUAACAUACCACUUGAGGUUAGUUUUAUCUUGAGAAUGUUAAUUGUAAUGUUUUAGAUAAACAUCAGAUUGGAAUUACAGGACUGUUAAAAGCGUUCAUGAGUACAUUUACAUUUUAGUCAUUUAGCAGACGCUCUUAUCCAGAGCGACUUACAGUAGUGAAUGCAUACAUUUCAUACAUUUUUAUUUUUUUCUCCGUACUGGUCCCCUGUGGGAAUCGAACCCACAACCCUGGCGUGGCAAACACCAUGCUUUACCAACUGAGCCACACGGGACCACACUAUAAUGCCUCAACGCUUUUUCAUAAGAUUCUAUGAUUGUUUUCAUUCUAACAAAAACCUAUAAUUCCAAGUGAGAUCGAAGUCAGACGCUGAAAUUCUAUUUUAACAAGUUGAUUUGCCCUUAAAGGGAUACUUCGGGAUUUUGGCAAUGAGGCCCUUUAUCUACUUCCCCAGCCGGCUGAUGGAUACCAUUUUUAUGUCUUUGCAUGCAGUUUGACGGAAGUUGCUAACUAGCAUUAGCGCAAUGACGAAGUCUAGUCAAUGGGCUAAUGCUAAUCAGCAUUGGCUCGCAAAACUAACUUCCUUCAUACUGGACACCGAGACAUAAAAAUGGUAUCCACAAGUUCAUAUGACUGGGACAUCGCUUUAAAGAAAUUACAUCCCAAAAAUAUAUUUUGGUAUUUGGUUCAUUAGUCCACUGUUGACAUAGUCCCAAAAUGUUUUGCUUGUCAGCACUAUAUUGUUUUAAGAUUGAACAUACAAAUACAGAACUGGUUUCUUGCUGAUGUUUAAUGCAACAGACCAAUCUGUAAACCUAAUUCAUGCAGUUCUUGCAUGGUCAAGCUCAAUCUGACUAAGAAUAAUAUUCAGCAGCUAUAAAAGGUUUUAAGGAUUUUACUAUGUUUUUACCAAGGUUUUAAGAGAUGAAACUCAAAUGUUAGUGUAACUGUAUAAUGUAACUGUAGUGUCAUACCAGUGCCUCUCUCUCUGUGUAAUACAGGCAGACAGACAUGUUGAGCAGACUCUGUUAGCAGUGCAUUGUUCUGACUAGAGGUGUGUUUGAACCAAGUGAAGCAUACUGUAGAUAUAAGCUAUAUGACAGUGUCUGUCUCUCACUACUGAAUAAAGCAACACCAUGUAUCCAAAAUAAAAAUCAAAACAAACAUGUA